GGUUUUUAUAGGGUUUUCUGCAUCUUCAAAUACCAACCCCCAAUCUUAAUCCCAACUACUGCCAAUGGCGUCGGAGACGCUUUCCGCCUCUGGUCGGAGCUCGGACAAGCUGAACCUACCUGCUCUCCAAUCCAAAAUGAAAAUGGACCCGGAAGGUUAUGAGACCGAGCUUGGUGUCCUCUACAUUCAAUUCAACUCGGCUCUCGAGCUAUUUCAACAGCAAGCAGCUCUCAAUUUCACAUCUAUCUUCUCGUCUGGCGUCUGCGCCGACCCCAUCAUUGCCAAGGAUCUCGGGGAUCGAGCUAUGUUUUUGGCUCAUGUGACUCCUUUUUACCCCAAACAAUUGGCCAAGUUCCCGAGUCAACUCGCCGAGUUUCUCAAAACCUCUGCACGUUCGCUGCCCUCGGGGCUGAGGUGUCAUGUUACUCAAGCUCUGAUUCUUUUAAUUAAUCGAAAGAUAGUUGAUAUCAGUGAAACUCUUGCAUUUUUUAUGGAGCUUCAAACUCUGGGAGAUAGAAAUUUAAGAAAAUUGGCAUUCUCUCAUGUUGUUCAUAGCAUCAGGCGCAUGAAUAAGAAGCACAAAAAUGAGGCUAAGAAUAGAGUUCUUCAGAAUAUCUUGUUUGCAAUGCUACAGCAAGAGGAUGAAGCAAGAGCCAAGAGAUCUCUUAUUACACUAUGUGAGUUUCACCGGAGAAAGGUGUGGUUUGAUGAUAGAACAGCAAAUGCAAUUUGUAUGGCAUGUUUUCAUUCAUCAUCCAGGAUCAUGAUUGCUGCUCUAUCAUUUCUUCUGAAUUAUGAGAAGAUUGAGGAUGAUGACAGUGAUGACAGUGAUGCUUCCAGCAGUGAAGAUGACUCAAAUCCUCAAAUGUCUCAAGUUGUCCUUAGUAAAGAGGCUAUUUAUAAGGCACAUCAUAAAGGCACAGUAUCCAGUAAAAAGAAAAAGAAAGCAAAACUGCAGCGUGCCAUGCGCAGCAUGAAAAGGCAGCAACGCCUGUCGGCAGAAAACAGUGGUUCAAGUUAUUAUUCACCACUUAAUCAUCUUAAAGAUGCACAGGGAUUUGCUGAGAGGUUAUUCUCUCGCCUCCAGACUUGCAAUGAACGUUUUGAGGUUAAGAUGAUGAUGUUGAAACUAAUUGCUCGAACUGUUGGACUUCACCGAUUGAUGUUGUUAAAUUUUUAUCCUUUUCUUCAGAAAUAUGUUCAGCCACAUCAACGUGAUAUCACAAAUUUACUUGCAGCAGCUGUUCAGGCAUGCCACGAUAUGGUGCCUCCAGAUGCAGUUGAACCAUUAUUCAAACAAAUCGUGAAUCAAUUUGUGCAUGACCGUUCACGUCCAGAGGCUAUUGCUGUUGGGCUCAAUGUGAUAAGGGAAAUAUGUUUGCGAAUGCCUCUGUUGAUGACAGAAGAUUUGCUGCAAGAUCUUGUAUUGUAUAAAAAAUCACAUGAGAAGGCAGUUUCAGUUGCAGCUAGGUCACUCAUGAUUUUAUUUAGAGAGGUUUGUCCUUCACUAUUGGUUAAGAAGGAUCGAGGUCGUCCUAGCGAUCCAAAGGCAAAGCCAAAAGCAUAUGGGGAAGUUGAUGUUGUUAGCAAUAUACCUGACCUUGAGUUAUUACAGGAGGAGGAGGAGGAGGAGGAUGAUGAUGAUGAUGAUGAUGAUGAUGAUGUUGAGGAGGAGGACCACAAUGAAAUUAAUGAGGAUGGUGAUGAUAUUGAUAAUUUGGUAUCCAGUGCACUUGAUGAUGAUAGUGAUAAUGGUGAGAUGAUUACUGCCAGUGAUGAUGAAGAAAAUCCGAUGUACAGUGAUGAUACUGGAAGUGAGAAUGACGGUUUACAAGAUGAUUCAAUUGAUGGAGAUGGUGAUAACAAUAUUGAUGAAAAUGACAGCAAUAUCAGCGAUGAUGAUGAUGAUGAUGAUGAUGAUGAUGAUGAUGAUGAUGAGGAGGAGGAGGAGGAGGAGCAUGGAAAGGCAAAGAGUUCUUGUGAAAAUGAUGACGGGGCCACGAUAGAAGUUAACAAAUCUAAAGCCAGUAAGAGGAAGUUUUCUGAUUUCAAUGGACAACUUAUUGCUGCUGACACAAGUCUUCGAGCUCUAAAGAGAUUGGCAGAAGAAAAGUUGAAUCACACCACCACAGAAUUGAAAGACGGUAUUCUUUCUAAUGAAGACUUUCAAAGGAUCAAGGAAUUGAAGGCAAAGAAGGAAACUAAAAUUGCCUUAGCUCGACAAGGGUUUAAAGUUCCAAGCACUGAUCAACUGAGUGUUAAACGGUUGGAUCCUGCUAAGCUUGAAGCUCAUGUGCGGAAGAAGCUAACCAAGGAAGAAAGGUUGGCACUGGUAAGAGCAGGCAGGGAGGCUACAGGAAAGUACCAAGCUCGAACUGCUGUAAAACAGAAAAAGACUGGAGGUAAGAGUAAUAGACAGAAGCAACAGGAAAAGGUGAUGCCCUCAGCUGCAAAGAGAGCCAGGGCAGCUAGAUCACGGCAAGACAAAAAGAGAAAACAGAGCCGCUCUGGCAAACAGUUUCGCGGGAAGAAAGCGUGGAAAUGAUCAGGAUUCGCAAAUUUUCAUACCAUCUUCCUUUUUUUU